CAAAACCCCAGCUCGAAAUUGUGGAGUAGGCCUCGGUUUCUUACACUGCAGUUCGCUUAGUUGGUUUCUACUUAGCCCACCACACCCCGUUCCCUUUGGUGAUCACAGAAGACCCCCAGAGCAUAACAGGUAUUUACUCCUUUCCAUCCAUUAGGACUUACAAAAGUGGUGAUGCAAGUGUCGCAAGUUGGACCAUGGGAACUUGGCAUUCAUCUGAGUUCGGAAAGUGGAGGCAUUGUCCGUCUUGCCAAGCACAUUGAAACGGGAGAAUUAGCAGUCGUGAAGGUAUUUGAGAAUUGGGGAGACUUAGCAGAGAAUGACAGAGAUCGCAUAGAGCAUGAGCUUUUGAUUUUGGAGGUGAUUGACCAUCCGAACGUCCUUCGGGUGUUCGAUGUGCUCUACGAACAAGACAAGCUGUACGUGGUAAUCGAGUAUCUCCCAGGUGGAGAGCUAUUCGAUUGUCUUUUGAAGCGUGGGAGUUUCAGCGAGAGCGAAACAGCUGCAUUUCUGUGGCAGAUUAUAUGUGGAUUGGAAUAUUGUCACCAAUUAUGCAUAUGUCAUCGAGACUUAAAACCAGAAAACAUGCUACUGGAUGCUCAGGGCAAUAUCAAAAUAAGAGACUUUGGGAUGGCAACGAUCCAGCGACCCGGAACGCUUUUGACGACUUCGUGUGGUUCACCGCAUUAUGCUUCGCCAGAAAUCGUCAACGGGCAGCAGUACGAUGGAACGGCCAGUGACGUCUGGUCGUGCGGUGUUAUUCUGUACGCACUCUUGACUGGUCGGCUACCCUUUGAUGAUGAUAAUGUGCGUACACUACUUCUAAAAGUCAGAAAGGGUGUCUUCGCUAUGCCCUGUAACAUCUCCACUCAAGCACAACAUUUGCUUUACCGGAUGCUAGAUGUCGAUCCAGCGACACGUAUCACCAUUGAAGGCAUUCGUGAGCAUCCUUUCCUAAGUCACCUCGUUCAUCCUAACAUACCCGUUCCCGUCGUCUCUGCACCCGUUAACGAAGUUGACUCGGUUGCUUUCCGUCAGUUGUCUGUGCUAUUUCAAUGCACCGAAGACCCAUCGCAGUUGCUUAAGCAUCUCCAAAGUGGAGGACCCAUGAUUGAGAAAACUCUAUACACCUUGCUUGCCAAGCAGCUGCAGCAAGCUCAAUCGUCCAAUGCACGCAAAAUGAGUAUAGUUGAGGAUGUCUAUGAGGGCAUGAGCAACCAACGCACACCAACCAUUCUUCGUUCUUUCUCUCAGCAAUCGGUUUUUGACAACCCUAAUGCAUUUACAACCUCUCAUACUACUCAACGACCAGUAACGAACAUGGGAUUUGUGCCUCGUAUGCAUUCACGCAACACCUCGCCCUCUCAAAAUCUCAGUCCCUCCGUUACAACUUCCGUCUACCAAGAAAAGCGUCCUUUCAAUUCAUCCUUUGUUACUGCCCAGGCCACAGGCAGCCAUUUUGAUAACAAAACUGAAGAUCGCCACGCUAUGUAUGUUGAUGCACAAAAUACAAUGAAGGAGGACCAACCAUAUGGCAACGUAAAUUCGGGCUAUAUGAGUAAUACGAAUGGGGAGCAGUUGUAUCCACACACCGCGGCUAAAUUACCCUUUGUAACACACGAUGGAAACAUGACAAGCACUCGUAAUUUUAACGAAGUCGACCCAAACACUUUAAUGAUGCCUCCUCCGUCUGAAAUUCCGAGUACGCGAGUGACGCGUGCCGUAAGCGACUCUGGGGUUGCUGGUUCCCGAUCCCAGUCUGAAAUGCAAUUCUUUGAAAAUAUGCCACAAGGUGCAAGUCCCAUGAGUGGUCAUACUGCUAAUCACACGCGUCGAGUCUCUGGCUUCAACGGGAUACAGCUUCCAAAACAACGUAAUAGGCCUCUCUCUUGGUUCUCUUCUACCAAACGCCGCCUUCCUGGUUCACCAUUUGAAACGAAAAAGUCAUUCUUUCGCAGAUUAUUUAGCAGUGGCCCCUCUUGCAAAUGUGUCUACACAAGCUUAAGCUCAGAGUCAUUGGAACGUGAAAUUCUGGAGGUUUUGCGUCGAUGGCAGUUAUUGGGCGUAGGUAUUGUAGACAUCACAUACGAUUCGGUUAGCACUUCUAUCAGUGCCCGACUAAAGCAUCAAAACACAUUACAAUUAAAGCCCUUGCGCUUCCGCGUCUCUGUUCUUGACGAAGUGUUUGGUUCUCAGGCAGCCUUCGUCUUGGAGAGCGGAUCUUCGUCUACUUUUGAUAAACUUGCUACUGAAUUUCAGUUAAUUUUCGAAGACAAGGGAUUUUUGGAUCCUUUAGAUGCAGGUGUCAACAAUUACUAUAACACAAGAUCAGGUUCGAGACUUAGUAUUUCAAGCACACGGUCUCAACAAGUUACAUCAAACCCAACCAACGGCCGUCUUAGCAGUUUUGCUUGAGGCAAAUUUUGUUUUUUUUUUCUUUCUGUUCCUUAAACACAAAAUUAACUCAGUGUCCCCUUUUUUGUGUGGGUGUUCAUUGCUAUAUUUGCCAAUUCAACAAAUGGAAGUGUGAUGAGCAAAUAUCUGUUUUGCCCAAAUCAUCUCUUUCUGAAUAAUGCCUUGAAACGCCUUCACGUUUCCUUUCUUUUUUUUGAGCAUUCCUCCUUACCUUGUGGUUCCGUUUAAACGGCAGUUUUCUUUUUUUUCUCUUUUUCUUUUCCACUUAAACAACGUUUACUUUUCUUUUAUUUCUUUCAACUUCUUUGCAUUCAUACCCAAAAAGAAACUUCUUCAAGAAUUUCUUGGCUCAAGUUUUGCCAUACGCAUAAUGAGAAAACUAACUACUUUGCUGUUCCCAUUUAAAACAUAAUGAAAUAUCUAUCUCAGAAAGUGACCUAUGAUUGCUUGACAAUCGAUUCUUUUGCAACAUACCCCAACAGCAUCUUACAAGCAGUAAGUCUGUAGUAAUGAAUGAUUUUAAUUUUAUUCAACAAUAACAUGUACAUGUCAUUGAGCGUAUUCUGUUUUUGACAAAUUAUAU